GUAAGCGAUGUUCCAGAGAUUGAAUGGUGGGAUGAAGUAGUGCUUGGUGGUGGAUAUGAUAUGAUACCAGAUAAGAACAUGGAUCCGGACGAGAGGUAUGCAAAAACAAUUACAAAUCUUGUGGAGCAUCCGAUCCAGUUAAAACCACCUGAUGAGCCUUUGCAGCCUCAGUAUUUGAAGGUAAUUUUUGUCGAUUUCCUGUUGAACACGGUCGUUUAUUGAUUGGGCUUGUGCAAGGCACCGGAACCGAAAGUAAAGUUAUCAAAUUUGAUGCGAGUGCUGGGCUCGGAUGCUAUUCAGGAUCCAACAAAAGUUGAAGCACACGUACGCAAGCAGAUUGCUGAAAGACAGCGUAAACAUGAAACGGCAAAUCAGCAACGAAAAUUAACAAAAGAACAGCGAUCGGAGAAAAAGAUUCGAAAAAUCAAGGAGGACACAUCACUGGCUGUGCAUGCAGCUUUAUAUAAGGUGAAAUCGUUGGCUCAUCCGGCAAAGCGAUUCAAAGUGGAAAUGAACGCAAAGCAGUUGCAUAUGACGGGUCUUAUUCUACUCCAUAACAAUAUCAAUCUUGUGAUUGUUGAAGGCGGUAUGUUUGAAAAUCAAGCAAUUAAUGAAAUGUAA